AUGUGUCCCCCGGUCAGCGUUCGCCAGGGAGCCAAGGGCAUGUCCUGCCUCUAUGCAGCCUGGCUGUACCAGCUUGUCCAUGGAGACCAGAUGAAGAUCUGCUUCUCUUGCUUCAGGGCAGCCUUCCUGGUCGUUAAGAACAUGCUGGAGAUGGGAGACUGGGAAGAGGAAGCGUGGGAUGCCGAGCCCAUGGAACUCCCAGAGGCCGGAUCUGAGCCGGAGGAGUGGCCGGGCCUUAGCUGGGGAGAGGGCCAAGGGCAUCUGCCACAUGGCAUGCCUGUCUCUACAAGUCCUGGGGCCCAGGCUCCAGGUCCUGUAGGUACAGAGGGGAUUGGGCUGGGACCCCAGCCUGUGCCCACUGAGCUUGGGCCUCAGGAAGCUGUGCCCCUGGAUCUGGGCCCUGAGGAUGCUGAGUGGACCCAGACCCUUCCCUGGAGAUUUGAUGGCCUUUCUCCCUGCUCUCACUGGCUCAUCCCUCCUCUGUCCUGGUGGGAUAUUUUCAAUGUCAGCCCGUCUCCCGGGCAGCCCGUGUUGUUGGAAUUGAGCCCCACCUGGCCCAUGGACCCAUUGGAAGCAGAAGCUUGGCUUGUAGACCUGAAGUUUGUCUUCCUGUUGGGUGGCUUUGAUGCCAUCUGCUAUCUGCUGUCGAUGACUCCCUGCUGGGCCGUGAGAACCCGCGUCCAACGCUGGCAGGUGUUGCUUGACCCUGGUGAGGUGAGGGUGGCCCAGCUGCAGAACGCCCCCGAGCAGCAGGACCUGCACCGCUGGCGGCUGAGCAUCCUGGAGUCCUCAGAGCUGGGGGUGGAGCUGGUGCCGGCCGACUGCAGCCUGAGGAAGGGAGGCUUCAAGGUGCACUCCUACCUGCCCUGGCACAACAGCACCCCGGAGGCCUGGAGCAGGGAGCCAGGCGAGAGACUCCUUGUUGUAGAGGUUGUGUCUCUGAGGGAGCUGCCCUGCUUCCGUUCCCCCUCCCCCGAUCCGCACAACUGA